GUACAUAUCACACAUCACACUGACAUACAAAAAUAUCACUCUCCAUUGUAUUACCAAAAAAAAAGAGAAGAAACAGCAUGACAACAAUAUACGGUACAAAUCCGACGGCAGCUAACGACCUAGCCCCAAAACUCGAGUACAUCACACGAACCAACAACCACCACCACGUAAGACCCGGCCUGGCCACGCGCCGUUCAUGGAAGCAAAUGCUCGACCUAGGCUCCUUCCACUUCCCGCGUAAGAUAGCUUCAGUAAUAACCAGAAUCAAAACCAACAUCGUCUACUUCCAAACAAACUACACCAUCGCCGUCCUCUUCUCCGUGUUCCUCAGUCUUAUCUGGAAACCCUUCGCUCUCCUUAUCCUGCUGGCCCUUAUCGGUGCGUGGCUGUUCCUUUACUUUCUCCGCGACGAACCACUCAUUGUAUUCGACCGUGAGAUCGACCACCGUGUUGUCCUUAUUGUCAUGUCCGUUCUCACUCUCUCGGUCCUUUUCUUAACUGAUGCGAAGCUCAAUAUUGCCGUGGCCGUUGUGGCAGGCGUGGUGGUUAUAUUGUUGCAUGCGGCUGUUAGGAAAACCGAAGAGAUAUACCAAAACGAAGAUGAAACCAGUCCUUUACUUCCCCAAGUAUAAAAUGAUCUUCAUUUGCUAGAAUAUUUCACAUUUUUAGUUGUCUUUUCGUUUUUUUUAAAUCUAUUUUCGCUAAAAUCUUAUUACCAUUGCUUAUUAACAUUUAAUAUUUGUUUUC